AUGCCUAGCCUGCUGGUUCUAGCAGGGAUCAUGGAGAAAAAUGGGGGCUACGGCGGGGAUCUGGCCGGCUCCGGCUUCGGAAGCGAAGGUCUCCUUGUGCCGCCCGAUGAGGAGGAAGACGACUCCCGUGCCCUCAGGGUCGCGCUGGGCCAGUUAUCUCUACUGGGGCUCGGGGAAGGCGAGGACGGCGGCGGAGCCCCAACAACAGGAGUACAGGACCGGAGUAACAAUAACAACAACCACCACAACCACACGAAUAGCAUCGGAGGUGGCGGGGACACGGCGAUCCUGCAAGGGAAAAGCAAGUUGUGCGCCCUGUACGAGAGCUCCUCAAGUGAGACCAAAGGACGAGGCUGCAACAUAACAGAAUGCGUCCCAGUGCCCAGCUCUGAACAUGUGGCCGAAAUAGUGGGGAGACAAGGUUGCAAGAUCAAAGCCCUGCGGGCCAAGACCAACACCUACAUCAAAACCCCCGUUAGAGGAGAGGAGCCGGUGUUCUUAAUCACUGGCCGGAAGGAGGAUGUUGCAUUGGCCCGCCGUGAAAUCAUCUCUGCUGCUGAGCACUUCUCCAUGCUUCGGGCAUCCCGCAACAAGCUGGGGGUGUCCUUUAGCGGCUCCCCGCCAACACCUUUGCCAGGUCAGACCACCAUUCAGGUGAGAGUGCCAUACCGUGUCGUGGGGCUGGUUGUGGGGCCUAAGGGCUCCACCAUCAAACGCAUCCAGCAGCAAACCUGCACUUACAUCGUCACUCCCAGUCGAGACCGCGACCCUGUCUUUGAAAUCACGGGGUCACCCAGCAACGCCGAGCGGGCCCGCGAGGAGAUUGAAGCACACAUCGCCUUCCGAACAGGAGGUCUGCACGACCACAAUAAUGAGAAUGACUGUAUGGGGCCGAAUGGUGGAAGCAGCCCAGCGGGCAGCAGCGGUGGUCUGGAGAGCCGGCUUCAGCAGGUGUGGGGGCUGCAGGGGGGCCAGCGCAAGCCCCUCACCAGCAGCUACCGCCAGAACUUCUCAGAUGCCAUGGUUGGAGGGGGAGGAGGAGGAGGUGAAGGAGGGGGAAUCUAUAACAAGGGCAACUUCUCCAACUCCGGAGAGAAGCCCUGCUCUUAUUUUGGAUCUGAGGGUACCCAGAGCUGGGGCGACCCCGACUACCCCAAACAGGUGGCCUUCUACGCCCAGCAGCGUUCCAAGAGCUUCGGAGGCCUCCCUCUCCCUCUGACCAGACUCUCCCCAGGCUUAAACGAGUCCUGCGGAGGUGGAAGUAACAACAACUCUUCAGUCACCAGCAUUGUGCCCGUAUCCGGCUCACCUCAUGCCCAGGCCCGCCGCGCCCACAGUGAGCCCACCUCAGCCGGCGAGGGGUUUCCAGGCCGUCUGCCAGUGCCGGACUCGCCACCGGCCACUGUGCGGGACUGCAUGACCUGCUUUGAGAGCAAAGUUACAGCUGCCUUGGUGCCCUGUGGCCAUAACCUCUUCUGCAUGGAGUGUGCCAUCCGAAUCUGUGAGCUCAACCACCCGGAGUGCCCAGUGUGCCACACCCAGGUCACACAGGCCAUCCGAAUAUUCUCUUAA